UCAUUUUUGUUAUUAAAGGAAAGAGUUUGAAAUCAGCCAGCUUCAAAGCAAAGUUGAAGAUGAGCAGGUUAUGGGUUCCCAACUGCAGAAAAAGAUUAAAGAAUUACAGGCUCGUAUUGAGGAGCUUGAGGAAGAAAUUGAAGCUGAACGUGCCUCUCGCGCUAAGACUGAGAAACAGAGAGCCGAUCUUUCUCGGGAACUUGAAGAGAUCAGUGAGCGACUGGAAGAAGCUGGUGGGGCAACUUCAGCUCAGAUUGAAAUGAACAAGAAACGAGAGGCAGAAUUUCAGAAAAUGCGCCGUGACCUAGAAGAAUCUACCCUCCAGCACGAAGCCACAGCUGCUGCUCUUCGCAAGAAGCAGGCUGACAGCGUUGCAGAACUUGGGGAACAAAUCGAUAACCUGCAGCGGGUGAAGCAGAAGCUUGAGAAGGAAAAGAGUGAACUGAAGAUGGAAAUUGAUGACCUCGCCAGCAACAUGGAAUCAGUGUCCAAAGCUAAGGCAAACCUUGAGAAAGUAGCACGGACACUAGAGGACCAGGUCAGUGAAAUGAAGACCAAACACGAUGAACAUCAACGGUUGAUCAAUGACUUAUCAACUCAUAAAGCACGUCUUACAACAGAAAACGGUGAGUUGAACCGCCAAGUGGAGGAGAAAGAGGCCUUGGUAUCGCAGCUGACAAGAGGGAAGCAAGGAUAUACCCAACAGCUUGAGGAACUGAAGAGGCAGCUGGAGGAAGAAACCAAGGCUAAGGGAGCCCUGGCCCAUGGUCUGCAAUCUGCCCGCCACGACUGUGACCUGCUCCGUGAACAAUAUGAAGAGGAGAUGGAGGCAAAGGCUGAGCUCCAGCGUGGAAUGUCCAAGGCCAACAGUGAAGUGGCUCAGUGGAGAUCAAAAUAUGAAACUGAUGCAAUCCAGCGCACAGAGGAACUGGAAGAAGCCAAGAAAAAACUUGCUCAGCGUCUGCAAGAUGCAGAGGAGCAUAUUGAGGCCGUGAACUCCAAAUGUGCUUCACUGGAAAAGACUAAACAGAGACUACAGAAUGAAGUGGAGGAUUUGAUGAUAGAUGUAGAGAGGGCAAAUUCAGCAGCAGCAGCUCUGGACAAGAAACAAAAGAACUUUGACAAGGUUCUGGCAGAUUGGAAACAGAAAUAUGAGGAGAGCCAGGCAGAACUGGAAGCAUCUCUGAAGGAAUCUCGUAGUUUGAGUACAGAAAUCUUUAAGAUGAAGAAUGCAUAUGAGGAGUCUCUAGAUCACCUUGAAACUCUUAAACGGGAGAACAAGAAUCUACAGCAGGAAAUUUCUGAUCUGACUGAGCAACUGGGUGAAAGUAGCAAGGCCCUCCAUGAGAUGGAAAAGACAAAGAAGACAGCUGAGCAGGAAAAGAGUGAAAUCCAGUCAGCAUUGGAGGAGGCAGAGGCCUCCCUGGAACAUGAGGAGAGCAAGAUCCUCCGCAUUCAGCUGGAACUGAACCAACUGAAAUCUGAAGUUGACAGAAAGAUUGCAGAGAAAGACGAGGAGAUCGAUCAGGUGAAGAGGAACCACCAGAGAGUUGUGGACACAAUGCAGAGCGCUUUGGAGGCUGAAGUCAGGAGCAGGAAUGAUGCCUUGAGAAUCAAGAAGAAAAUGGAGGGUGAUCUAAAUGAAAUGGAGAUUCAGCUGGGACAUGCCAAUCGCCAGGCUUCAGAAGCUCAAAAACAUCUCAGAAACAUACAGGGUCAAUUGAAGGACGCCCAGUUACAACUGGAUGAUGCCUGCAGAAGCCAGGAAGACUUGAAGGAGCAACUAGCCAUGGUGGAGCGCAGAAGCGGCCUGCAACAGGCUGAGAUUGAAGAAAUGAGAGCCGCUCUGGAACAGACAGACAGAGCUCGCAAAAUUGCUGAACAAGAGCUGAUCGAUGUCACUGAAAGAGUUCAGCUGCUGCACUCUCAGAACACCAGCCUCAUCAAUACUAAGAAGAAGCUGGAUGCCGACCUGAAUCACAUCCAGUCUGAAAUGGAAGAAACUAUCCAGGAGUCAAGAAAUGCUGAAGAGAAAGCCAAGAAAGCAAUCACUGAUGCUGCCAUGAUGGCUGAAGAGCUGAAGAAGGAACAGGACACCAGUGCUCACCUUGAACGAAUGAAGAAGAACCUCGAGCAGACAGUGAAGGACCUGCAGCUUCGCCUGGAUGAGGCUGAGCAGCUGGCAAUGAAAGGAGGAAAGAAACAGCUCCAGAAACUGGAGGCCAGGGUGCGCGAGCUGGAAAAUGAGCUGGAAGGCGAGCAGAAGCGAGGUGCUGAUGCUAUUAAAGGUGUUCGCAAGUAUGAAAGAAGGGUCAAGGAACUAUCUUAUCAGUCAGAGGAAGACAGAAAGAAUAAUCUGAGACUACAGGACCUGGUUGACAAGCUGCAGAUGAAGGUUAAGGCCUACAAGAGACAAUCGGAGGAAACUGAGGAACAGGCCAACGUUCACCUGUCCAGGUUCAGGAAGGUUCAGCAUGAACUGGAGGAAGCCGAGGAACGUGCCGACAUUGCCGAAUCUCAAGUCAACAAACUUAGAACUAAAACCCGUGACAUUACUAUCAAGAGCGCUGAAGAGUAGAUGGCAACUUGAAACGGUCCAAAGAAGAAAUCUACAAAAUGUGUAUUUCUUUGUAACAUAGUUUUAUAAAUGUAGCAAUAUCAACAAAAAUAAACGUGCAACACGAAA